AUGUGGGGCAUGAGCGGUCUAAGCUGUCUGCUGGCCAUUCGGCUGCUGCUGGAGCUGCCCUUGCUGGAAGCUUGUGAUCAGCCAAUGGGAUCUCCCCGCAUUGUGGGGGGUAAUGAUGCCAAGAAUGGGUCCUGGCCCUGGCAGGUCAGCAUCCGUGAAGGCAGCAACCAUAUCUGCGGAGGGUCCCUCAUUGCUGAGAGCUGGGUGGUGUCAGCAGCUCAUUGCUUCAAUGGGGACAAGUCUGCCUAUCAUGUGAACCUAGGGGAAUAUCAGCUCCUGAACCCCUCUGAAAGUCUGGUAUCUUUUCCCAUCAAGGAGAUUUACCGUCAUCCCAGCUACACCGAUAUUGGGUCCAGCGGUGACAUUGCAUUGGUGGAGCUGGAAACCCCUGUGAACUUCAACAGAGUUAUCCGCCCCAUCUGCCUUCCGGCCUCCUCUGUGGAGUUCCCCGCGGGCAUGGAGUGCUGGGUGACCGGCUGGGGUGACACUCAGUAUGGAGGGAGCCUGACAGCCCCCAAAACGCUGCAAGAGGUGCAGGUUCCCCUGAUAGACAGAGACACCUGCAACAGCCUCUUCAACACCGGCUCAUACCCAGACGACCCUCAGGGGAUUGAUCCCAUCAAGCAGGAUAUGAUCUGCGCAGGGUAUCCGCAAGGGGAGAAAGAUGCGUGUCAGGGUGACUCUGGGGGACCCUUGGUCUGCGAAUGGGACAGCGCGUGGCUCUUGGCUGGGGUGGUGAGCUGGGGUGUGGAAUGCGCACGCCCCAACCGCCCGGGGGUCUACAUCCUGCUGCCCCCCUACGCCGACUGGAUCCAGGGCUAUGUCCCCACCAUACCCUUCACCGUGCGUAGCAUGUCCGUCUUGCAGCACAAUAGUGCUGGUGCUAGCCCUUUGGGAGCCCUAAGGAAUAUUUUGGGGGCCUUCCCCACCCACACUAGACUAAAACAGGCAAAGUGGAUAGGGGGCCCCCUUGGGCUGCUCGGGGCCCUAAGUCAUUGUCUAGUCUACUUAUGCCUAGUGCCCCCUCUGCCUGCCAUGCUUCUCCUAGCUGCAGCUGUCCCCAUGAGCCUGUGA